CCCGUAUGUAUAAGUAGGUGUGGAUGAUGCUCAGGGAUGCGCUCAAACACCUCAGACCACGUGACCAGCAGGCGCACAGAAAGCAGCCUUAUAACCGCCCGCUCCCGCAAACACUUCACUGCGCACCGGCUGCGUGCGUGUCUGGCUUUACUGUAUUUGACAUUGACAGUUUCUGUGGAGUCAACACGCGAUCAUUCCCUUCGGCAAAUCAUCAUCAAAACAACAACAACAACAACAACAACAACAACAAGAAUAAAUCUCACACUGGCUUCCUGUCUGCUUCUUUGGAGUUUAAGUGUUGGUGAGGUGGAGUGAAGACGACAACAGACUGGUUUACUCCCAGUUUAGUUCAAUUGUUUGUUUGUUUUUUCCCCCUGUAUGGAUCGAGGCAAGAUGUUUGCGCUCAUAAAACCAAGAUGUCCUUUUGCAUGGCUCUAAUGCUGUUACAUCACACACCUCUCCAUUGAGCAUCUCCACAGCAACAAAAAAAACAGCCAUGAAGUUGGCUUUGCACAGGAUAGCAGGCACCGCAAUGACCACGUUAACGACAGGUGUCCAGUAUCUAGGCUCCAACGAUGCCAGCUACGACGACCCCUCCAUGGACUCGACUCUAAUCAAGAACAGAUUCCACUUUGAGAAAUCGCCCUCCUCCUCAAUUAGUAACUCCUUCUCGGGACUCGUCCCUGGAAAUAAGGAGGUCAUCCAUGGCGGCCUCUCUCCCAUUUUCCCAACCAAUGUAUCAGACUUUCUGCUGAGUAAUGGCACCCUUGUGGAGAGCGGCGGGGCAGCACAGUGUGGAGAGGACCUUGUGGACAACAUGGAGUGUUUUAUGAUCCUCACUCCUGGUCAGCAGCUCGCUGUCGCCAUCUUGGCGCUCACCCUGGGUACAUUUACGGUGCUGGAGAACCUUAUGGUGCUGUGUGUGAUCCUACACUCCCAGACACUUCGAAAUCGGCCUUCCUACCACUUCAUAGGCAGCCUGGCUGUGGCUGAUCUGAUAGGCAGCAUCAUUUUUGUCUACAGCUUCCUGGACUUUCAUGUCCUCCACAGGAAGGACAGCCCCAGUAUUUUCCUCUUCAAGUUGGCUGGGGUCAUCGCCUCCUUCACUGCCUCUGUUGGCAGUUUGUUUCUCACUGCGAUUGACCGCUACAUCUCCAUCCACCGGCCCAUGGCGUAUAAAAGUAUCGUCACAAAGACGAAAGCAGUCAUUGCCUUCAGUGUGAUGUGGACCAUCUCCAUCAUCUUCUCGCUGCUGCCGCUGCUGGGGUGGAACUGCAAGCGCCUCAACACCGUCUGCUCGGACAUUUUCCCUUUAAUCGACCAGACUUACCUGAUGGUCUGGAUCGGGAUGACGAGUAUCUUGGUCCUGUUCAUCAUCUACGCCUACAUGUUCAUCCUCUGGAAGUCUCACCACCAUGCUGUCCGAAUGCUGAGCCGCAGCUCACAGAGGAGUGUGAUUGUCUACACCGCAGAGGGGACUAAAGUGCAGACAGUGAGGCCGGAGCAAGCCCGGAUGGACCUCCGUCUGGCUAAAACCCUGGUCCUGAUCCUAGUGGCUCUCAUCAUCUGCUGGGGCCCACUUUUAGCCAUCAUGGUUUACGACCUCUUUGGAAAGGUGAACGACUUCAUCAAGACUGUGUUCGCCUUUUGCAGUAUGCUCUGCCUGCUCAACUCCACCGUGAACCCUGUGAUCUACGCCAUGAGGAGCAAGGACCUGCGCAGGGCCUUCGUCAACAUCUGCCACAUGUGCCAGGCGGCGACGCAGACUCUGGACAACAGCGCUGAGAGCGACUGGAACAGCAGGAGCAUAAGAGGCACAGUGAGGGAGGCAGCCACCAGUGGAAAGACUCGAGUGAAAGUAGCCCAGGUUACUGUUUCUGGGGUGACCGAGACUUCCACGCCAGAGCCGGUCUAAGAGACAAGCUGCCUUGCUCUGGUACAACUGUGAAGAUAAUGUAGAAUAGCCCUGACCCGCCUCGUGCACUGCUCUGUUACUGUGAAAUGUGCCAAAAAAA